AAAAAGCCGGUCACCCCCCUAACUCGACUUUCUGCAACUUGGAGUGACGCCCAAGCCAGCCAUCUCUUCCUUGGAGUCUUAGACCUUCAGAACGUUUAUUGGCUUCUGCUCUUUGCUGCUGCUGCUACUCUCUCUCUCUCUCUCUCUCUCUCUUGGCGGUAACUUCUCAUAUUCUCUAAUGUCGAUCUUUGAGUACAAUGGCAGUGCCCUAAUUGCCAUGGUGGGAAAGAACUGCUUCGCCAUCGCCAGCGAUCGGCGACUUGGCGUUCAGCUUCAGACAAUCGCCACUGACUUUCAGAGGAUUUAUAGAAUUCACGAUAGGCUCCUCAUUGGACUCUCCGGACUUGCAACAGAUGCGCAAACCCUGUACCAGCGGCUUGUAUUUCGUCACAAACUGUAUCAGCUUCGUGAAGAGAGGGACAUGAAGCCAGAAACCUUUGCUAGCCUUGUCUCAGCUAUUCUUUAUGAGAAAAGGUUUGGACCAUACUUUUGCCAGCCCGUAAUUGCUGGAUUGGGGGAUGAAGACAAGCCAUUCAUUUGUACAAUGGAUUCAAUUGGAGCCAAGGAGCUUGCCAAAGAUUUUGUUGUUGCUGGCACUGCCUCCGAGUCUCUCUAUGGUGCCUGCGAGUCAAUGUUCAAGCCCGACAUGGAACCAGAAGAAUUGUUUGAGACCAUAUCUCAAGCAUUGCUGUCAUCAGUUGACCGUGACUGUCUGAGUGGCUGGGGAGGACACGUCUACGUUGUGUACGCCUUUUAUAUCUUCUAUCCUUUUUCAUGCAUAAUUCAAUGUGUGAGCAUUACUUUCUCUAUUAAAUGUAGCUGCAAAUCUGUUCAUAGGGCUAAGUAAGCCUAGAGGGCUAACUAAACCAUUGAUGUUACUGACAUGAUGCGCUUGCCAAAGCUAUCUUGUUGAUUUAUUUUUCUAUUUUUUACUUCUGGGGAAUGUAAGCACUGCUAUGUAGCACCAGUACUUUUAUAAGGGUUCUGUGGCCAUGUCAGGCAUCAACUCUCAUUCAGCAGUCUUCUAACAUGUGGAUGCUUUCACAAUUUUAAAAUGCAUUUUUAUUGUAAGGCAUUUCUCCAACACUUCUUUGGUGCUGUUUCAGUAUAUUAACAUACUUUAGUUGAAUCCUGUCUGGUACUUGUACAAGUUUAAAAUGCAUUUUUGAUGUAAGACAUUUCUCCAACACUCCUCGUCAGACACUUCUCUCGUACUAUUCUGACAUUUUUUAGUCGACAUGUUUCUGAUGCUUCCACAAUUUAAAAUGCAUUUUAAUUGUCAGAUACUUGUCAGAUCCUUGAACACUUCCGUAGUAUUCUGACAUACUUGAGAUAUAGUGAUUGUAAUGUGGUUUUUUUAAAGAACAGGCAGAGUUUUUGGCUUUUGAAAAUAAUAAACUUGUUUACAGUUAGGUCAAAAGUGAUAAAUUAGGAAUUUUAAACAAAAAAAGUGGAAAGAUGCAUAUAUGUGUGUGUGUGGAAUUUUUUCGAAUGUAGUUAUACAAAUAUCAACAAGCUUAAUAUUUACUGUCAAGAAAAUUCAUAUAGUUACCAAAGCUAAUGUCUUCUGGAGGGUUUGGGGGCGUGCCUUCUUUAAGCCUAUUUAUUGUCUCCUUUUAAUUGUUGCAUGCACAAAGUGCUCGCAAGAUUCUUAACCUUCUGAGUUUAUUUAUUACUUUUUCAAUUUUGCAACACCCAUAAGUUGCACUUGUAGUUCAAUAAAUGAGAAGCAGAAAUAUGAUCAUGAAGUUGGAUCAGAAUGGAUGCGAAUGUGAAAUGUUUGUGUAUAUUACACACACAUGCACAUCCAUAUACAGAACGACCUCAAUAAGUCAGUUUUCAUGGUUGUAAAUACGUAGUUAUUUAUUGGCAAAAAACUGAUUUUUUAUUCUUAAAAAAUUAGUCUUUUUUUAUUUUUUGGUGGGGUGGGUGAGCUGGAGAUAAAAGAGAAAACAGGAAAGAAGAGUUUUUCGGGGUUGGGGUGGUGUUCCUAAAGAAUUUGGCUUUAUUCUCUUUUCUUGAGGUAUUAUUUUGACUUGGGCCACUCUGUGAUGUUACUCUUGUGACAACCUUGGUGAAAUCUUGAGCUACGCAUUCAGAGUUCUGAUUAGUUAUUGUUUCAUUUUUUUUUGAACUAGAUAAAUGAUGCAUCUAUUACCCUCAGGGAAGGGAUUAAAGUGGGCUCCUUCAUUAAGAAGACUAAUGGAAUGUUAUGCACUAUUUGAUGGGUGUAAUCAAUGCUCCCAUCUGCGGCUUCUUGUAGAUUUCUUCAGUUCCUUUUUCAUGUUUAGUCUGUAAUUGGUGGUUUGCGAAUAUGGUAUUUGCUCACUUGCCCACUUGAACUGUUUCAAGAAUAUGGCAAACAUUUCUGUGUUGAUGCUAUGAUUCCCCAUGCAUGGGCAGCUUUAUGCUUCCCUUCUUUUACUUGUUUUCCUGCCAAAAUAAAUUUCAACACUUAAUUCAUGUCAGUACACUAUCAUGGCAUUAAUCUUAUCAUUUUUAACAUAAACAACAACUACGGUUUCAUUGCAAUGUGUUUGUGUUGCUGCAGUACACCAACUGAAGUGAAGGAAAGGAUACUGAAGGGGAGGAUGGAUUGACAUUUCCUUUCCAUGCUUCUGAAAGCUGAUCCAUAUACACUGUUACAUGUGGCUUUCUAUUUUUAUGCAUUGCCCUCCAUAGCCCAUGCAGUUGAAUGGGGAAACUUUUGUAGCCUGCCUUUGUAUCCUUAUUUUGUAUUGCUGGAGAUGAUGUAAGCCGACCUCAUAAUUUCACAUUUGAUCUCUUAAAUCAUUUUCAGUUCCUGAUGAA